AAAAACAAAAAAAAACCACGCCAUGGAUAUGACAUGGUUUUCUGGCGCCACCUAUCGUCGUAUCGUGUGCUACACCUGGGGGGUGGAAGUUACCUCAUUCUCCCUCAGGCUACAGUACGGGUGCAGUGAUGCCUCAGAAUGGUAUGAACUACGUGGGCAGAAGAGGAGGAACGCGCCACAACACCUGGAAAGCUAGCAGUCAGGUCCCAAGCACAGGUUGGGUUAAUGGAGCCAUUGUUCACAAUGGCUACCCGGCAGCUGCUACAGGAACCAGUGAGACGACACCAGCUGGCACACUGAAUGGUACCAAACCACAGUGCAUGGUUAAUAGUUAUAUUAACCAUGGGUACAAGGGCAAGAGUACAAGAGCUGCACCCCCAAGAACCCCCAGGAAACAAGGAAGCACGAUUUCAGCUGUCACUGAUGCCUCAGCAGCUGGCAGGGGUCGCAGUGUGAGAACUCCAGGUGGUAUCUCAGUGGAAGGGCCCACCAGUCUAGACACUGUUGCUUCGCCAUGUAAUUCUGACCGAACUGCAUCACGACCCAGCGGGUCAACAGCAUCAAGGAACCCAAGAAGAAGAGAGAAAUUUAGAAGGAAGAAGAGAGACACUGAAGUCCUCUGGCCGGAGGUGCCACUACCGAUGCCACAACAAGAGACAGAGGACUGGGAAAAAGAGACCCAAGAGGUCACACUGACUGACUGGGAAGAGAACUGUUUUGAUGUCACACCCUACGGUCCACAAGAUGCGAUCCCUUGUUCUUUGAGGGACUUGACACUCAAGCAAAUGGACACAGUUGGCCUGCCGGUGACAGCCAAUUACACACCAGCCGUACACCACCCACUCCCCAUCAAGUGGUCCCCCUACAGCAUUCCCACUGAGCCUGACCAGUUUGCAGACGCUGACGAGUAAGCCAGACAUGUGCUUUUGUGUUAGAGGAUUAGUAGAAAUCAGUGUUCACGUAGAAAAAAGAAACUGAAGAGUUCUGCGGUGAAUCUAGUUAGCCCUUCUUGACAUUGUUCAGAUUUGGGGAUCCUGGAAAGUACCCAUGCUUAGAAUAUUUGUUUAGUAUGCAUCUGUGUUAUUUACCUCAGCUAAUACAUUAGUGGAAGGAAUUAAAUUUAAAACGUACUCUAGGUUAGCGUUAAUGCAAAGCUUUAAAAUCAAAUAGGUUAAUGCUGUCAUAGGCCAAAGAUUGUAUGGUGGAGCCUAGGUUGCAAUGAGGUUGUUUUUUUAUUGUAGGUUUUAUUUUCUAUUUUAUAUUCAGAUUUUAUAUUGUAACAUAUUAGUUUGUUAGGUUUUUGUGAUCUUAAGAAAUGAUUUUAGAUAAACUACCAUACUUUGCAGUUGUACCACUUCAGUUAGUGUUGUCUCUGAAAACGGUCAUGCAUGUACUGUUCUUCUAUUUCAUACCUUCAUAAUUUUGCUAGUAUUCCAAGAACUGAACUGAAAUAAUAGUUUUUAUGUACAGUUUUUUGUGUUUUAAAACGCCGGGUAUUGGAACACUUGUCGUAAUAAGUUGUUCUUUUGAUCUAUCAAUUCUGUUGUCCAUAAAUUGGAAGUUCACAACAAGCACACGAAGCAGCAAUUUUAAUUUGGGGACGGUAAACGUCAGCAAGAAAUUAUGGUUUGAUUAUGUAACAGCAACAAAUCGUUAUCCGCCCUUUCAGACUUUCAUUUUCAUUAUC